GCGGGUCAAGCCCAGAGCAGUUUCAGUUUUGGCAGCAGCAACCAGUGUCUUGCUGGAAGCUUCUAGAAAAGCAGGGGUACACACUGACUGGCAGACUGUGCCCCGAAACUGGAUCAACUGGGGAGAAAGAAGUGGCUAAAAGCUUUACAUGGUUUCUGGAGACAGGAAGCACAGAGGUGUUACAGAGGAGCAUCUUCUCAUUUGGUUACUGUCUUGCAGCAUCUCACACGAGAAGCCACCCUGAAUGGCACGUCCCCCUUGGAAGCCACCAGCAAUGAGGCUCUUCGUAUUCACCAUCCUCCUGGCUGUCCUCCCAGCUGUCUCCACAAAAAGCCCCAUAUUUGGUCCCCAGGAUGUGAGUAGUGUGGUAGGUAACUCGGUAUCUGUCACGUGCUACUAUCCAGCCACCUCUGUCAACCGACACAGCCGGAAGUACUGGUGCCGGCAAGGAGCCAGCGGCCUCUGCACAACCCUCAUCUCUUCAAAUGGCUACAUCUCCAAGGAGUAUGCAGGCAGAGCCAAACUCAUCAACUUCCCAGAAAAUAGCACAUUUAUGGUUAACAUUGCAGAGCUCACCCAGAAUGACACUGGGAGCUACAAGUGCGGUCUGGGCACCAGUAACCGAGGCCUGUUCUUUGACGUCAGCUUGGAGGUCAGUCAAGCUCCUGAGCUUCCAGUUGAUACUCACGUUUACACAAAGGACCUGGGCAGAAAAGUGACCAUCACCUGCCCUUUCAAAAAGGAGAAUGCUCAUAGCAAGAAAUCCUUGUGUAAGAAGACAGGUCAGACCUGUGAACUUGUCAUUGACUCUACUGAAUAUGUGAACCCCAAGUAUAAAGGCAGAACAACUCUUUUUAUGAAAGGGACCAACCCAGAACUAUUCACUGUCGACAUUGAUCACCUAAGACCCAGUGAUGCUGGGCUGUAUGUUUGCCAGGCUGGGCAAGAUUCCAGUGCUGAUAAAAACAAUGUUGACCUCCAGGUAAUAGAGCCUAAGCCAGAGCUGGUUUAUGGAGAUCUGAGAGCCUCAUUAGCUUUUAACUGUGAUUUGGGCCGUGAGGUGGCAAAUGAAGCCAAAUAUCUGUGCCGGAUGAACAAGGAAACUUGUGAUGUGAUCAUCAACACCCUGGGGAAGAGGGAUCCAGCCUUUGAGGGCAGGAUCCUGCUAACCCGCAAAGAUGACAAUGGCCGUUUCAGUGUGUUGAUCACAGGCCUGAGGAAGGAAGACGCGGGACACUACCUGUGUGGAGCCCACAGUUCUGGUCUGCCUCAAGAAGGUUGGCCCAUCCAAGCUUGGCAACUCUUUGUAAAUGAAGAAUCUAUCAUGCCCCCUAGUCGCUCUGUGGUAAAGGGUGUCACAGGAGGCUCUGUGGCUAUAGUCUGUCCCUACAACCCCAAGGAAAGCAGCAGCCUCAAGUACUGGUGUCGCUGGGAAGCAGAUGGAAACGGACACUGCCCGGUGCUGGUGGAGAGCCAGGGGGUGGUGCAUGAACAGUAUGAGGGCCGACUGGCACUGUACGAUCAGCCAGGCAACGGCAGCUACACCGUCAUCCUCAACCAGCUCACCACCCAGGAUUCCGGCUCCUACUGGUGUCUCACCGACGGUGACUCUCGCUGGAGAAGCACUGUAGAACUCCAGGUUGCUGAAGCUACAGGAAAGCCAAACCUCGAGGUGACACCACAGAACGAGGUUGCUGUACUAGGAGAGACCCUCACGCUCUCCUGCCACUAUCCAUGCAAAUAUUACUCCCACGAGAAAUACUGGUGCAAGUGGAGCAACAAGGGCUGCCGCAUCCUGCCCAGCCACGACGAAGCAGCCCGCCAGUCCUCUGUGAGCUGUGACCCGAACAAUCAAGUCAUCUCCAUGACCCUGAACCCAGUCACGAAGGAAGAUGAGGGCUGGUACUGGUGUGGGGUGAAGAAAGGCCAGGUCUACGGAGAAACUACAGCCAUCUACGUAGCAGUUGAAGAGAAGACAGGGGGGUCACGCCAAGUCAGCCCAGUGGAUGCAAACGCACCUGCAAAUGUUGCUCCAGAAGAAGAGGUGGCUGAAUCCGAUGUCAGCGAGAACGAGAACAAAGCCAUUCCAAAUCCCAGCCUUCUUGAGAAGGAAGGAGAGAUAGACAUUGUGGGAGACCAAGUUCAGGAGAACAGAGCAGCUGUGGAUGCUGGCAGUGCUGAUGGACCUAAGGGGAGCUCCAAAGUCCUGUUCUCCACCCUGGUGCCCCUGGGUCUGGUGCUGGCUGCAGGUGCUGUGGCUGUGUGGGUGGCAAGAGCCCGACACCGGAAGAAUGUAGACCGGAUGUCCAUCAGCAGCUACAGGACAGACAUCAACAUGGCAGACUUCAAGAACUCCAGGGAUUUUGGAGGCAAUGACAACAUGGGGGCCUCUCCAGACAUAGAGGAGACAGUUCUCGAAAGAAAAGAUGAAAUCGUGACUACCACUGAGACUGCCACAGAGCCAGAAGAAUCCAAGAAGGCAAAACGGUCAUCCAAGGAGGAAGCUGACCUGGCCUACUCAACGUUCCUGUUCCAGUCCAGCAACAUAGCCGCACAGGUCCACAACGGUCCCAAGGAAGCUUAGGCAGUGCUGAACGCCUACCCUUGCCUGCGACAAUCAACUGGGAAUCACGCUGAUCCACUCACAGCCUGCACCCUCACCUCCUAGGCUUUUCCCUCCUAUCCGCAGACUUGUGCUGGUCCCUUCCUCAGCUAUCAAAAGCCUGGCCUCGCCUCGCUGUGCCUGUUUGGGAAGUGUGAGAAGUUCUGACCCGACCUGCAGCUUUUCUCUGUUAAAAGAUUAACUAAGGUGGAAAUAAGGAGUCAAGCCUGAGAGACAUUUCUGAGAGAAGAGGUUCGGAGCUAGGGCUCACCUCAGGAGGGAGAGCCAUUUGAAGUCUCUUAUAUGAUGGAAUAUCAGUGCAACUCUUCUCUC